AUGGGAGAUGCUCUGAGCCCAGAAGAGAAGCUGCACCUCAUCACCCGGAACCUUCAGGAGGUUCUGGGGGAAGAGAAGCUGAAGGAGAUCCUGAAGGAUCGGGAACUUAAAGUUUACUGGGGAACAGCGACCACAGGCAAGCCGCAUGUGGCUUACUUCGUGCCCAUGUCUAAGAUCGCAGACUUCUUGAAAGCAGGAUGUGAGGUAACAAUCCUAUUUGCGGACCUUCACGCAUACCUGGAUAACAUGAAAGCCCCAUGGGAACUUCUAGAACUCCGAACCAGCUACUAUGAGAACGUGAUCAAGGCAAUGCUGGAGAGUAUUGGUGUGCCCUUGGAGAAGCUCAAGUUCAUCAAAGGCACCGAUUACCAGCUCAGCAAAGAGUACACGCUAGACGUAUACAGACUCUCCUCUGUGGUCACACAGCACGAUGCCAAGAAAGCUGGAGCUGAGGUGGUCAAGCAGGUGGAGCACCCUUUGCUGAGUGGUCUGCUGUACCCUGGACUACAGGCCUUGGAUGAAGAAUAUUUGAAAGUAGAUGCCCAGUUUGGAGGCGUUGAUCAGAGAAAGAUUUUCACCUUUGCAGAGAAGUAUCUCCCUGCACUCGGAUACUCAAAACGGGUCCAUCUGAUGAAUCCUAUGGUUCCAGGAUUAACUGGUAGCAAAAUGAGUUCUUCAGAAGAGGAGUCCAAGAUUGAUCUCCUUGAUCGGAAGGAGGAUGUGAAGAAAAAACUGAAGAAGGCCUUCUGUGAGCCAGGCAAUGUGGAGAACAAUGGGGUUCUGUCCUUCAUUAAGCAUGUCCUUUUCCCCCUCAAGUCUGAGUUUGUGAUCCUUCGAGAUGAAAAAUGGGGUGGAAACAAAACCUACACAGCUUACUUGGAUCUGGAAAAGGACUUUGCUGAUGAGGUUGUACACCCUGGAGAUCUAAAGAAUUCUGUUGAAGUCGCCCUGAACAAGUUGCUGGAUCCCAUCCGGGAAAAGUUUAAUACCCCUGCACUGAAGAAGCUGUCCAGCGCUGCCUACCCAGAUCCAUCGAAGCAGAAGCCAGUUGCCAAAGGCCCUGCCAAGAAUUCGGAACCAGAGGAGGUCGUCCCAUCCCGACUGGAUAUCCGCGUGGGGAAAAUCAUCAGUGUAGACAAGCACCCAGAUGCAGACAGCCUGUAUGUGGAGAAGAUUGAUGUGGGGGAAGCGGAGCCGCGGACUGUGGUGAGCGGCCUGGUGCAGUUUGUGCCCAGGGAGGAACUGCAGAACAGGCUGGUGGUGGUGCUAUGCAACCUGAAGCCCCAGAAGAUGCGCGGAAUUGAGUCCCAAGGCAUGCUUCUGUGUGCUUCCAUGGAAGGGAACAGCCGCAAGGUUGAGCCUCUGGACCCUCCCGCAGGCUCCGCUCCUGGGGAGCGAGUGUUUGUGAAGGGCUACGAGAAGGGCCAACCAGAUGACGAGCUCAAGCCCAAGAAGAAAGUCUUUGAGAAGCUGCAGGCUGACUUUAAAAUUUCUGAGGAGUGCAUCGCGCAGUGGAAGCAAACCAACUUCAUGACCAAGCUGGGGUGCAUCUCCUGUAAAUCACUGAAAGGGGGGAACAUCAGCUAG